AUGGCGUCUGAAAAGGACGCCAGCGCGGGGCCAGUACGCUCCAACACGCUCGAAAUUGAAGCAGCCGAACGCAAGAUCAUUGAGGAGAGCAGGGCAGCCGGCGUUGCUGCCUUCUCCUUCGACCCCAAUGCCUCACACGAACAGAAGGUUGCUCAGGCUAGAGCAGCCAUCCCCCCCGGCUUCCACAAGCGACCCCAUGGCGUGGCCGUCGUGACCGAUAUGGAUGAUGGCACCAAGGCUGAUAUCGACCUUCCAAGUCCAACAAAAUCUGGCGUCGUUGACUUUCCUAAGGCCGAGAGCAAAAAGGGCGCUGAAGGCAAGACAGAAGAGAGUGAAGAUGAGAUCUGGGCCAGGACCGGCUGGGCUCCCAGGUUUGGCUGGCCUACUGAACCUAUUAUUGAGGCUGAGAGCAUGCUGGACCACCAAACCUGGGUCGAGACCCAGCUUCCUGAACAAUUCUACGGAGACUGGUACCACAACGCCGCCAUUAUCGUUUUUGCCUGUCUGGCAUCUUGGUUCGUGGCUGUCCUUGGCGGCGGCUUGGCUUGGGUAUUCAUCAUCAUGGCUAUCUGCGCCACGUACUACCGUACCUCGAUCCGCCGCGUACGCCGCAACUUCCGCGACGACAUCACCCGCGAACUGGCCCUGAAGAAGCUCGAAACCGACAAUGAGACUGUCGAGUGGAUCAACUCGUUCUUGGUCAAGUUCUGGCCCAUCUACCAGCCAGUUCUGGCCGCUACUGUCAUCAAUACCGUCGACCAGGUCCUGAGCACGGCGACUCCGGCCUUCCUGGAGAGCUUGAAGCUCAAACACUUCACCCUGGGUUCGAAGCCACCUCGUGUCGAGCACGUCAAGACAUACCCCAAAACAGAGGAUGACAUCGUCAUGAUGGACUGGAAGUUCAGCUUCACCCCGAACGACAUUGCCGACAUGACAGCCCGCCAGAUCAAGAACAAGAUCAACCCCAAGGUUAUCCUGGAAAUUCGUGUCGGCAAGGCCAUGGUCAGCAAGGGUCUGGAUGUCAUUGUUGAGGACAUGGCCUUCUCAGGUCUGAUGCGCCUGAAGAUCAAGCUGCAGGUCCCGUUCCCCCAUGUCGAGAGAAUUGAGAUGUCCUUCCUCGAGCGGCCGACAAUUGACUACGUAUGCAAGCCUCUUGGUGGCGAGACCUUCGGUUUCGAUAUCAACUUCAUCCCUGGUUUGGAGAGCUUCAUUCUCGAGCAGAUCCAUGCCACGCUUGCUCCCAUGAUGUACGCUCCCAACGUCUUCCCCAUCGAGGUGGCCAAGUUGUUGGCCGGCACGCCCGUUGAUCAGGCCAUUGGUGUGGUUGCGAUCACGCUGCACGGUGCCCAAGGUCUCAGGAACAACGACAAGUUCGCCGGCACUCCUGAUCCAUAUGCCGUUGUCUCUCUUAACCGGAGAGCACCACUUGCCCAGACCAAGGUCGUCAAGGAGAACGCAAACCCGCGUUGGGAUGAGACCCACUACGUGCUCAUCACUUCCUUCAGCGAUUCGCUCGAUAUCGACAUCUAUGACUACAACGACAUUCGCAAGGACAAGAAGCUUGGUGCUGCCUCGUUCCCCCUCGAGAACCUCGAGGAGAUCUACGAGAACGAGAACGAGCGUCUGGAGCUCAGCCUCGAUGGCAAGGCCCGUGGUGUUCUAAUUGCCGAUAUCCGGUUUUUCCCCGUUCUGGAGCCCACCAAGCUCGAGGAUGGCAGUAUCGAGCCGCCGCCGGAGUCGAACCAGGGUAUCCUGCGCUUCACUGUUGAGCAGGCCAAGGAGCUGGAUUCUUCCAAGAGCAUGGUCGGCCUGCUCAACCCGUAUGCGGUUCUGCUGCUAAAUGGCAAGGAGGUUCACACUACUCGGAAGCUCAAGCGCACCAACGAUCCUAUCUUCAGCGAUGGCUCCAAGGAAAUUCUCAUCACAGACAAGAAGCAUGCCAAGCUUGGCGUUGCUAUCAAGGACGAUCGUGAUAUUGCUGGUGACCAGGUCGUUGGUACCUACCAGAUUAAGCUGGAGGAUAUGCUCGAGCUUAUGGCGCAGGGCAAGGACUGGUACAAUCUGGCUGGCGUCAAGACGGGUCGUGUCAAGAUGACUGCCCAGUGGCGGCCAGUGUGUAUCACGGGCAUCUCGACUGGUACUGGCGGCUAUGUCACCCCUAUUGGUGUCAUGCGUAUCCACUUCAAGCACGCCAGGAACCUGCGCAACGUCGAGGCUCUGGGCAAGUCGGAUCCGUACGCGCGUAUUGUCAUGUCUGGUAUCGAGAAGGCUCGUACUGUCACCUUCAAGAAUGAGCUUAACCCCGAUUGGGACGAGGUGCUGUAUGUGCCCGUGCACUCGCCGCGCGAGCGCAUUCAGCUCGAGGUUAUGGACGCGGAGAACGUUGGCAAGGACCGCAGCCUGGGUCUCACCGAGAUUUCGUGCGCCGAUUUCGUGCACAAGGACCCCGAGACUGGCGAGUGGCUCGUCCACGAUGCCAAGGAGGUCCGCGAGGACGGCCUGCGCAUGCAUGGCAAGGGUACGCCCAAGGGCACGCUCACCUACACUGUUGCCUUCUAUCCGACCCUCAAUGUGGCCGACCCCGAGGAGGAAGAGAAGGAGGAGCAGAAGGCAAAAGAGCAGGAGCAGCAGGGCUCUGAGAAGACAUCCGACACCGAGGGCGACAAGGACAAGCCCUCAUCGAACCGGCCAUCUUUGGACGGCCGGGGCUCGGCCAGGCCGUCGCUGGAUAUCGCCAAGGCCAAUGGCCUCAAAGAGCCCCCGACGCCGCUUACGCCAUCGAGUCCCUCGUCAGCUUUGCUCUCUCCUCGGAAGUCCCGCGAGGAGAGGGAACCUCCCAAGAUCUAUCUUACCCCUCAGGAACUUCUCAAGUACGAAUCCGGCCUUAUUAUCUUCCGGCUAAUGGAGGCCGAGCUGCCCAAGAGCGGCGUCCGCGUCGAAGUGUUUGUUGACGAUAUGGCCUUCCCGUCUUACGUCUCUUCGGCGGCCAAGUCAAAGUCGCACACCUUCAACGAGAUUGGAGACUGCUUCAUUCGCGAGCUUGAAUUCUCCAAGCUGCACGUCAAGAUCUCGGAGAAGUCGGACAAGCAGGGCGAGGACAAUAAGCAGAACGUGCUGGCUCGCCUAAGCGGCAACAGUAUCGACGUCCUCAAGCAGUGCUUGAACAACCCAACAACACUCAAGCUGCGCGAUGAGGAUGGCAACACCUAUUCGCUCAAGGUCAGCCUCAAGUACGUUCCGGUCAAGAUGACUCUCGACCCAAGCGAGAGUAUCAACAACAUGGGCAACCUUCGUAUUGAUGUGCUAGACGCCGAGAACCUGCCCUCGGCCGACUCCAAUGGCAAGAGCGAUCCCUAUGCCAAGUUCGAGUUUAACGGCCAGGAGGUCUUCAAGACUAAGACGGUUAAGAAGACCCUCAAUCCGGAGUGGAACGAGAAUUUCAAUAUUGCCGUCCCGUCCCGCACGGCAGCCAAGUUUCGGGCCACCGUAUGGGAUUGGGACUUUGCCGACAAGCCGGACUACUUGGGCGGUGUCGAUAUCGAUCUCACGCAGCUCGAGCCAUUCCAAGCUCGGAUACUCAAGUUGCCCUUGGACGGCAAGUCGGGCACGCUCCGUUUGCGCAUGCUGUUCACUCCAGACUACGUUACGCGUACCAGGCAUGGUACGUCGACCCUUGCUGGCACCUUUGCCGUGCCUGGAAAGGUCCUUACGGGGGUCGCCGGCGUCGCCAGCAUGCCGCUCAAGGGUGGUGCUACCGUCGUUGGCAAAGGUGCCUCGCUCAUCAAGCGUGGCUUUCGCGGCAAGAAGGACGAUGACAAGGACAGCGACUCGUCCAGCAACAGCUCAGCCGAUAUCCCGGCCAUCGUCACGGAGAAUGCGGAUGAUGACAGGGAAAAUCGGCCGUUGCAUCACGUGCGCACCCGUAGCGCGGGUGCCUCGUCGGUCCACAGCGCCAUCAUCCCCGGCGCUGCUUCCGGCACUGCUUCCUUCACGGUCGUCUCAGCCGCUGGCUUCCCGCCUUCGGCUGACGUCUACGUCGUUAUCACUCAAGUGCAGGAUGGAAAGGCCAAGCAGGUCGGCAAGACCAAGCACCGCAAACAGUCGAGCGGGCCCGUCCGGUUUGACGAGACAUUCCGCAUCAAGUGCACACCCGACGCCACGUUCAAGGUCGAAGCCAAAGAGCACCACACCUUUGGCAGCGACGACCACCUUGGCGAGGCGCUUUACUAUGUGGAUGACUCGAACACAGGCGCGGAGAAGACGCUUAACGUGGGCAGCGGCACUGUGGUGAUCAAGAGCUCGUUCGUGCCCGAGGAGAAGGAGGGGUACGUUAGCGGCGGGAGCAAGGGGCCCAGCCUGAGCGUGACGGACAGCCCGAAGAGCCAACUUCCUAGCCUCGGCACUAUCCACUGUCCACGGCAGCCGCUGCGCCCCAUGGGAGAGAGAGGAACUGUCAACGUCAAUCUAUCUUCAAGAGCGCAAAUGAAUACGACCGGAAUACCUACCCGCCACAAUGCCACCGUCGGUGCCAUGGCGGCUCGUGUCCGUCAGUUUGCCGCCACUCACACACCCUUCCGGGUCUACCAUGGCUCAAGCAACAGCACGCGGCGGUCAGAUCGCCACGAGGACAACAUCAUCGACACGAGCAAACUGGACCAGGUUUUGAGGGUUGAUCCUGUUAGGAAAACGGCACUUGUGGAGCCGAAUGUGUCCAUGGACAAACUAAUCGAUAUCACCGCGCAUUACGGGCUGGUUCCGCGCGUGGUGAUGGGGGUCCCGGGGAUCACUGUUGGGGGGGGUUUCUCGGGCACGUCGUGGGAAAGCAGCUCGUUCAAGUGGGGCCCUUUCGAUGCAACUGUGAACUGGAUCGAGAUCAUCCUGCCGGAUGGGACGGUUCAGAUGGCGAGCAAGACGGAGAAGCCGGACUUGUUCUGGGGAGCGGCGAGCGCGUUUGGCACGAUGGGGAUUGUGACGCUCUUGGAGGUGCAGCUCAUGAAUGCGAAGAGAUAUGUCGAGUUGACAUACCGUCGGGAGGGGGACUUUGGGCAGGUUGUUGAGACUCUACUGGACCAGACUGCCCUCGGCACGUCCAACGACUAUGUGGACGCCAUCGUUUUUGCGAAGGACUCGACGCUCAUCUGUACUGGUCAACUAACGGACGCUCUGCCGAGGGGUGCCGUCCCCCAACGCUUCCUGCGGGCUAGAGACCCGUGGUUCUAUAUUCAUGCAGAACGGAUCGAGAAGCAAUUGAGGAGAAGCCCUCCGAACACAAAACUCAGAGACUAUGUUCCCUUGGUCGACUACCUCUUCCGAUACGACCGUGGAAGUUUUUGGACAGCACGUUAUGUGUUCCAGUACUUUUUAACCCCCCUCAACAGAUAUACACGUUUCGUCCUCGACCCCCUGGACGUCGGCAUUCCGGUUCCGAGAGCCGAAGAGUUCGUGGAGUGGGUGGACGCAAAUCUUCACAUAUAUCCCCUUUGGCUAUGUCCAGUCUUCGUUCGCCGUCUGGAGAGGAACUCCCAGUACGGGUUACACGCGGAUUUUGGAGCACCGGACGGACCGGACAUAUACCUGAACUUUGGUAUUUGGGGUCCAGCAUCGUCCAGUCAAGGCGACGCUUUACGCAAAAACAGAGCUCUUGAGCAAGAAGUCGCGCGUCUGGGCGGUAAAAAGUGGCUCUAUUCUCAUGUCUACUAUCGGGAGGAUGAGUUCUGGGAGCAGUACGAUCGCAGAGCCUACGACCGGGUACGGCGCAGAUAUGGCGCCGACUACUUGCCGAGCGUGUAUGAGAAAGUGAGACUAGACAGUGAAGCUGAAGAUGCAGCGACACGGGUGACGUGGAUAGCCUGGUUGUUUGCGAUUAUCUGGACCAUCUGGCCGCUAAGAGGACUGCUCGCGCUGAUUCGAGCCGUGCUCGGAAGGGAUAACUUGCUGCAACAAAGGCAUAACGGACUGCGUAGGCUGAUAGGAUCAGAGUAG